AAGGAAUUACUAAAACAAUAAAAAUAUUUUCCUAAAACAUUUAACCCACACAACUCAACAAAAAAUGAGUAUAAACUCAAACACUCUAGCUUGUUAUGAGCCUCUAAGUGUGAUUCUCUAGCUUUCUAUAAUUACCAUAGCACCAAUCCAAACCUUAUCUUCAGAACAUUUCCAAAUUCCUCCCACCCUUUGGCUUAUUAAACCAAACAAGGUAAUAAUUUGACAAAACACAAGAGCAUGAAUCCUACUACACUUCCCACGGGUAUGUCCAAAUGGACAAUGAUGUCAUGGCCUAGGCUUCCUAUACCACUUUCAAUGGACAACAUUCCAUUUCACAAAGUAAACUUGUGUUGUGACUUUAGAGAAUAUUUGAGGAACCAAAAAGGUACAAGCCUUUGGUGUGGAGCAAGGAGGCAAGUUAGAUAUCAAGAUGGAGAUGAAGAUGGAGAUGAUGAGUAUGGGCACAAUGAGGAAAUUUCAAAGUUGGAAUUCUAUAGUCAAUCAGCAAGAGGAGAAGCACUCAUUGUUCAUGCACUUGUGGACCAAAAUGAAGUAGAGGUGCUUAUCUUCAAGGGGUUUUCUUCAUCCUUAAGCUAUGGUACUUCCCCUGACCCAACAAGAAGCAUUCUUCCAGCCAAAGCAGUGAUAACAUCUAUAGAUAGAAUCAAAGGGCCUUUUGACCCUGCCAAUAUAGAGUAUCUGCAGAAGGAUGUGCCAUGGGAAGAAUUCAGGACAAAUCUUCUUUCUAAUUAAAGACCAUGUAAUUAGCUUCUUAAGCUUUUAUAAUAAACUAUUUCGUGUGAUUUAAUUUGUAUACAUUAUCUCAGAAAAUUAUGUCCUUUAAGCUUGUCUU